ACUAGGCAGCGCCCGCUUGUGCAAAAGUCUUACUUAGUGAAGCAGCCUGGCGUGUUGUCCCCGCAGUUCCCCGCCGGUCGCUGUUUCCGAAACGCGCUGCAGGUGUCUAGGCGCCCGCUGACCUCGGCCCCUAGCUCGGUGAGCCCUAGCCCGACAGCUCAGGGAGCCCGGCAAGACCUGCCGCCGCGGCCAGGUAGGUUGGGGUGGGGGGCGGGCCGGUCUCAGCCUCCCUCCAGGUCUCCCGCUGGGGUCAGGACUGGACCGGGCCCCCCCAUCCCUCUGACCACACGGGUGGGGUGGGCCGUCGUGAAUGCCCGCUGAGUGCCAGGGACCAAGCUGGGGGACUGGUUCAGGGUGCCGAGCGAGUGGGUGGCGGGACAGGGCCCGCGGCUCUCAGGCUGUGAUGCUUGUGCUGUUUCUGCCUCGAAUCUCUGCCUCUUUGCUUAAGGACACUUUUCCAGGGUUGAACUGAGCUCGUGCCCUGUUGCAUCGUGAUUACCGCAGAAGCACGGGGGCCACUUUCUAACUGGUACUUUGGCAGAUGAUUUCUUUACGCCUCAGUGUCCCCUUUUGUAAAAUGGGACCUUGUGCCUGAGGGGAUUGCUGUAGGGUGGAAUGAGAGCCUGAAUAUGCCUGUCAUGUGGGAAGGUCAUAGUCAGUGGGGCCUGGGGUUAUCUUGGAGAGCAGAUGACCAGCCUUAUUCCUGAAGCAGCAGCCAGAAUGUGACCCAAGUUUUCCCUGGUGGAUAGCAGACAGGGUGUCCAUGGGGCUCUAGGAGAUCUGUUGGAGAUCUAACCCCCACCCAUCUCUAGGACACGUUAGCCCAAGCUAAGAAUUUCAGUGUCACCUGGACUUGGAUUCAAGUCCCAGCUAUUUUCUCUCCCUGGGAACUUGGGAAAACCCCUUCAUCUUACUAAGCCUUCGUUUUUUCAUUUGUAAAAUGGGGCUAACAGUACCUAUCUUCCAUAACUGUCAAGAGAAUUAAAUCAGAUAUUAUAGGUAAAGCACUUAACACCUGGCAUUCAGCAGGAGCGGUUACUAUUUUUUCAGUGUGUGGAGAUCUGAGUGCAUGCAUUUUGGCUUGAACACAUUUUUGACAGUAGCAUGGUUGUAUAAGACAGGAGGGCAGAAGUUUCAAAGCUCCUUGUUUUCUGGCCAAACUUAUUGGCCAUGACAGUAGUCAGAUCAGUGACCUGGGUCUAAUGAAUCUUUAACUGAAGGUGGCAAAUUGAGUCAUCAGGGUGAGGACCAGGAGUCUGGGUCCACCUCCACAUGACUGAGCAUAAAGGGCUACUUUUUUUUUCUUUUUUUUUUUUUAACGUUUAUUUAUUUUUGAGACAGAGACAGAGCAUGAACGGGGGAGGGUCAGAGAGAGGGAGACACAGAAUCCGAAACAGGCUCCAGGCUCUGAGCUGUCAGCACAGAGCCCGACGCGGGGCUCGAACUCAUGGACCGCGAGAUCAUGACCUGAGCCGAAGUCGGGCGCUUAACCGACCGAGCCACCCAGGCGCCCCUAAAGGGCUGCUUUUUAAAGCAAGGGCCCAUGCAGGGCAGAGACUGUUUGGAAUGAAGGCCAGACUUAGAUUAAAAACAAAACAGGAGAAUGGGGUUUGCCUCUGAGUAAAGCCUGGAACUCAAAACAGGACCUGAGCCCUGUUGAUACCUUCUAAGUGAUUUGAGAAAGGAAGACAUAGCCAUAUUGACAAUCACCAAGCUUUCCCAAGUAGUGAAAAGUCAAGCCCCUGCUUCUGGCAUUUGUUCAUUCAACAGAGAGCAGUGUAGAGCCUUCUGUGUGCCAGUCACAAUGCUAUGAAAAAGCAGUGAAAAGGACAGAUGUAGUCUUAGAACCCAGAGAGGAGACAGCCCAAUGAUGCCUGUCAGGCUUUGACCCUGCCCUUUGUCUGCAGUCUCUUCCCUCAGGUAGCCUGUACUUCAGCAGGAGAAACUAAAUAAUUACUGUCUGGAGAGGCUCAUGGGAGUUGCUUCUAGAAGGCUGGGAUAGCCUAGUAGGGGGUUUAGCUUGGUAAUGUGAGCAGUGGAAAGCAUUUUCACUAGGAGGUUAAUAGGAUCAAACUGGCAUUUAAAAAUUUGCCUAUGACAGCUGUGAAGCCAGUUUUACCAGUGGUCACUUGCCCAUGCUGUGCCCCACUCUUAACUAAUUUCUAGUCCUGCUUAUUUUAAGGCCAGCCCAGCUCAGCUCAGUAUCACUUCAAGAAACUAGACAAAGACAGGACCCUUGGUCUUUACAACAGUGGUCCCAAUUGCUGGAUCUUACUUACAACGUCAUUGUUAAUAUCCUGACAGCAGGACGGCAGGACUGAAUGUGUCUGAUCUAUACUGUUUGUCCAGUGCCUCAGAGAUGUGCCAGGUACAGUGUAAACCUCUAGAAAGCACUGGUUGAAGGAACACUGGAAUCCCUCCUAUCUAGAUUAGUGCCUGGCAUGAAGUAGUCACUCUUCUAGAAAUGCUUCAUUACAUGCAUUGAAUUGAGGAAAAAAAAACAGUCACCUUAUAAAAUGUAACAGUGAAAUAACUAAUAAAUGCAGACUACUUCUAGGAAUGGCUGGUGGGCAAAAGGGCUUGGGCUGCAGCUCAGGGAACUUUGUGGAUCUUGAUGGUGGUUUUAGCUCCCUCUGUCCCCUAGGACCUAAUUUUUUCUUCACAGGUUCUGAUGCUGGUCUCUUGUAGAAGGUUGCUCACAGCUUUGCUGCAGGCUCAGAAGUGGCCCUUUCAACCCUCCAGAAAUAUGAGACUGGUGCAGUUCCAGGCACCCCACCUGAUGGGACCUCACCUGGGCCUGGAAUCAGGGAAUGGCGGGGGGGUCAUUAACCUCAACGCCUUUGACCCCACACUGCCCAAGACAAUGAUGGAGUUCCUGGAGCAGGGAGAGGCCACUCUCUCGGUGGCAAGAAGAGCUCUGGCUGCCCAGUUGCCAGUCCUACCACGGUCAGAGGUGACCUUUCUGGCCCCUGUCACACGGCCAGACAAGGUGGUGUGUGUGGGAAUGAAUUAUGUGGACCACUGCAAAGAGCAGAACGUUCCUGUGCCCAAGGAGCCCAUCAUCUUCAGCAAGUUCGCCAGUUCCAUCGUGGGGCCCUACGACGAGGUCAUCCUCCCACCCGAGAGCCAGGAGGUGGACUGGGAGGUGGAGCUGGCUGUGAUCAUUGGAAGGAAAGGCAAGCACAUCAAGGCCACAGAUGCCAUGGCUCACGUAGCCGGCUUCACUGUGGCUCAUGAUGUAAGUGCUCGUGACUGGCAAAUGAGACGCAAUGGAAAGCAGUGGCUGCUGGGAAAAACCUUUGACACCUUCUGCCCCCUGGGCCCUGCCUUGGUGACCAAGGACAGUAUAGCAGAUCCACACAACUUAAAGAUCUGCUGCCGAGUCAAUGGGGAAGUGGUCCAGAGCAGCAACACCAACCAGAUGGUGUUUAAGACAGAAGAGCUGAUAGCCUGGGUCUCCCAGUUCGUGACUCUUUACCCAGGGGAUGUCAUCCUGACUGGGACGCCCCCAGGUGUUGGUGUAUUCAGGAAGCCUCCAGUCUUUCUCAAGAAGGGUGAUGAAGUUCAGUGUGAAAUCGAAGAACUAGGCGUCAUCAUCAACAAGGUGGUGUGAUGGGUCUUACCACAAGCCCUGGACUUAAGAGGUGGGAGCAUCCACUGCCGUCCAUCACAGGGAGCAGCCCAGUGUCAGCUGCUUCAAGCUGCCUCUUGCGGGUGGAGGGAGAAGGAUGGAGCCCUCCUCGUCAAUAAAAUUCUCAGCCCAAAGCAGCA